GCUCCGAAGCCUCACCCUCUCCAGGGACUAAAAAGCCAGACCUCGCUGAACCGGACUUCCUCCCUUGGAGCGGGUUGGAUCCGUCUCCCUUUUCUACUUUAGUGGUUUCGCGCUCUGCUGUGGUGGGGAGUUGAGGGGUGCGGAGUGUUAAGUGGUGGGAGGCUACCGCCUCAGUGUGCACCUAUCCCAAACUUAUUCUUGGCGGGCGGGGGACGAAUAGCUGGAGCUGCCUUCCCUUUCCCCUUUCCUCCCAUCCCCUAGGGUCGCCCCUGUCCUGCUUCCCCCAACUUGUAGACAGCGUGUGGGCUUGCUUUAGCUAGCGUGGGCUUAAAUCAGCCAGGGCGCAACCUUUGGAAUUGUGCGUCCACCCUUUACGCUACCUCCUUGCUGUUUGGGGGAUGGCCUGCUCCGUCGAGCCCCCCGAUGGGGGUUGGGGGUGGAUAGUGGUCCUUUCAGCCUUUUUCCAGUCAGCGCUGGUGUUUGGGGUGCUGCGAUCUUUCGGCGUCUUCUUCUUGGAGUUCGUGUCGGCAUUCAAAGAGCCAGCGAUGCGGGUCUCUUGGAUCACCUCCAUUGGGAUCGCCGUGCAACAGUUUGGGAGCCCCGUGGGCAGUGCCCUGAGUACCCAGUUCGGCCCUCGGCCCGUGGUGAUGACAGGGGGGAUCUUGGCUGCUUUGGGUCUGAUGCUGGCCUCAUUUGCGACCUCCUUGACCCACCUCUACCUUAGCAUCGGCCUGAUCUCUGGUGCUGGCUGGGCCCUGACCUUCACCCCCACCCUGGCCUGCCUCUCCAGAUACUUCUCCAAGCGUCGCUCACUGGCCACAGGAUUAGCACUGACUGGCAUAGGCCUCUCUUCUUUUGUCUUUGCCCCCUUCUUCCAGUGGCUUAUCACCUAUUACGCAUGGCGAGGUGCUCUUCUCUUGGUAGCUGCUCUGUCCUUACACCUUGUGGCCUGUGGGGCCCUCCUUCGGCCUCUCAGACUGGCAGAAGAUCCUAGUGUGGGAGGCCCGGCGGCUCAGUUGGUCUCCCUGCUUCGCCAUGGCCCCUUUCUGUGUUACACUGCUGCCCUGACCCUGAUCAAUGCUGGCUACUUUAUCCCUUAUGUUCACCUUGUGGCACACGCCCAGGAUUUGGGUUGGGAUCCGCUGCAUGCAGCCUUUCUCCUGUCCUUAGUGGCUGUGGCAGACUUGACAGGACGAGUGUUCUCAGGAUGGCUGGGGGAUGUGAGCCCAGGGCCUGUGGUUCAGCUGCUGGCACUGUGGUCUUUUCUGGCAGGGAUGGCAUUGGCCUUGCUCCCUGUAGCACAGCAACCCUUGGUCCUCAUGGUCCUAGCUAUAGCCUAUGGCUUCACUGCGGGGGCCCUGACCCCUGUGGCUUUCUCAGUUCUGCCUGAACUUGUUGGAGUUGGAAAGAUAUACAUCGGCCUAGGACUGGUACAAUUGGUAGAGAGCAUUGGGGGACUGUUGGGGGCACCAUUGUCAGGCUACCUCCGAGAUUUGACAGGAAGCUACACAGCUUCCUUUGUGGUGGCCGGAGGCUUCCUUCUCAGUGGAAGCAUGGUGCUUUGUACCCUUCCUGGUUUCUUCUUCUGCUUCUUCCUACCUUCUGCCUCAGAACAAUAUUCUAUGACAAAAUCACUGGAAGCCAGAGUCUCCCCCAACAGGGCUGAGUAUGAAGAAGGAAGUCCAGAGGUCCAGGAUCCUUAACUUAGAUAAGAUUCCAGCAAUUCCUCAUCUUCAUCUUCUUCACCACAUCCUCCACCCCCUAUCUUAGCUAUUUAUAUCUGUAUCUCUGUGCUUCCUUGGGAGCAAUUGAUAGUAAGGUCUUACCCAAUUUGCUGUGUUUUUAAAGACCUUUUUUUGUUGCUUAUGUUGUAACUCUUCCCUCUCCCAUACCCUCCUGUUGUCUUCAACUCUCUAAAGACCACAUAAAUUCAA